AGGAAGAGCAAAUGGAGAAAGAGAGAAAACAGAAAGACUGUGAGUGUUACGGCCACUCUAACCGCUGUAGCUACAUCGACUACCUGAACAUUGUGACCUGUGUGAGCUGCAAGCACAACACCCGGGGCCAGAACUGCCAGCACUGCAGGGUGGGCUACUUCCGGAACGCCUCCGCCGAGCUGGACGACGAAGGCGUCUGCACCGAGUGCAACUGUAAUCAGAUAGGCUCGGUCCAUGACCGCUGUAACGGUACUGGGUUUUGCCAGUGCAAAGAAGGCGCCACCGGCCUCAAGUGCGACGACUGUCUCCCCGGGUACUACUGGAAACAAGGGUGUUACCCCAACGUGUGUGACGAGGAGAUGCGUUUAUGUCAGAACGGGGGGACCUGCUACCAGAACCAAAAGUGUAUCUGCACUCCGGACUUCAAGGGGUUGCUGUGCCAACAGUCCCGCUGUGAGGGGGGCAAAGACUGCAGCUCGGCCUGGACCCCCUACCUCCCGCUGACCUCCAUGCUACUCUGUGUCCUGCUCCCCUACCUACUGGCCAUAGUAACUGCACACUGAUCCUCGCCCCACGACCCCCGGAGCCAGGGGUGGGGUGUGUGUGUGUGUUUUUCCGUGUGUGUGUGUGUGUGUGUGUGUAGGGAAUGGGCAACCCGCAGCACGCUAGCUGACCAACGGACCCUUUGAACACUUGAGUCGAAUUGAUACACACGCGUGAACACGCGAAUGCGCACACCUCACUGGACUGUUAUUGGACUUGGAGCGGUCCUGUGUGUGUGUGUGUGUGUGUGUGUGUGUAACGGGGAGAUACAAGAGAGAAUGAGAAUGGGAGUAAUAUAAGCAGAAUCAGACAACUAAUCAGUGUCUCUUUCUAUAUCCAGUACAUCUCUCUCCCUUUGUAAACGAGCUGGAGCAACCUCAUACCAAAAACAAACAUACAAAAGAGAACACUUUAGUCACUGCUGUUCACUACAGAGAAGGGAGGGAUGUGUGGUAGGAAGAAACAUUAAGACGUUUUGCUUUCCUCUUUUGUUAUUGGUCGGGUCAAACGCCCCUCGGUGGGCGCACUGCUCUUUCUUUUGUGUGAUUGGAUGGAGGAGGACGGAGAGGGGGAGGGUCUUGAGGAGGCUUACCUGAGGGUUAUGUGGAAUGUGGGGGGGGGGAGUGUGAGUUGUGGGAGGGGCAUCCGCUAUUGAGGCCUACAUAGAAUAAUGUCAAAUCAGGUUUCAUUUUUCUUCAAAAAAUGAGACUUAUUUUCACCUUUUCCUUUUCUGCUGCAUUUUUUAUGAUUAUCUUCUGUCAAUGUAUCUUAUGUGCCCACUAACUGAUGCUGAGAUUCUACCUAUUAUUAUACUCUUCAGGUUAUGAAUAAUACAGUUUUAGUCACUAUUAUGGUCGUCAUAAGAAUGAGUGAUUGUUGCCACACUUAGCGAGAUUUAAUCUUCACACAGUAUUCAGGAAAAAACAGAAUUUUAACUUCAUCAGAAAUCUAAAAAGAGAGUAAAAAAUCUAUCAAAGUAUCGAUAUUAUAUGACAUUAUUUGAAUAUUUUUUGUAGAGAUUAUUUUUGUUUGGAGUUAUAAUAAAUGAGCUAUUACAAAUCAGCAUUUUAUUACACUGUAACACCUACAGUAAAUGUGACUGUUAUUUGUUCUUGCUCGUAUGUUAUUGAGUCAUUCAGUUUCUCAAGAAAAAGCAUUGUCGUUUUUGUGUUAUCAAGGGUAGCCGCUAAUUAAGAGUGCCGUAUCUGAUGAGAGCUGUAAGACCACCUCGUUCACCGCUACUGUAUUUUAUUCACGCUGAAAGUGUGAAGAAGCAAGUGAACAAUAUCUACAAACCAUGACAGCUCCAAACCUGAGACAACUGCUGUUCCUGGGACGCCCACCUCACCCGUGGAAACCAACCAUGGCUGUAAACGGGGGUCUUGAUUAGGCUACCCCUUAAAGGCGUCGAA